GCCCAACUCGCCCAGCCCGCCGCCGACCACCCUAUUCACUCGUCUGCCCUCGACACUCAACCUAACACAAACUCACCCUACCCUUCACAAACUCAAGCAACAUGUCCGCUACCAAGAAGAGCAGCUCUGCGAAGCCUGCUGCGAAGAAGGCCGCCGCGACGAAGGCUGCCCCCACUCACCCUACCUGGGCUGAUAUGAUCAAGGAAUGUAUCGCUGCGCACCCUGAAGAGGCGCGUCAAGGUGUUUCCCGCCCCCAAAUCAAGAAGUUCGUCGAGGAGAAGUACAAGCUAGAGCUGGGCAACGCUCAGACUACCCAGCUCAACAAGGCUAUCACUACUGGUGCCGAUAAAGGCACUUUUGUGCUCCCUAAAGGACCUUCUGGUCGCGUCAAGCUUUCUCCAAAGACCAAGCCCACUGGCGAGGCCUCUGCUGCGAAGGAGAACAAGCCUGCUGCGAAGACCACCAAGCCAGUUGCAAAGGCCUCUACUAAAGCGGCUGCGAAGCCCAAAGUAGCGAAGGCGACCAAAGCUAAGACCGUGAAGAAGCCAGCUGCUGGCAGGCCUGCCGCCGCGAAGAAGCCCGCCGCCAAAGCGCCUGCUGCAAAGGCCGCACCGAAGAAGCCUGCAGCGAAGAAGGCAGAGCCCAAAAAGACUUUGGCUGGUAAGAAGGCGCCUGCUGAGAGGAAGCCAACCUCUCCGUCCAAGCGCGGCGCGGCGAAGAAGGCGGUCACUGGCGCUAAGCCCACUUCCAAGGCCAAGACUGCUGCCACCAAGAAAGCCCCUGCGAAGAAAGCUCCUGCCUCUAAGAGCAAGCCUGCUUCCACGAAGAAGGACUGAGCAUGAGCUAGAAACGCGUACUUGUUUUUAUCUCAUAGUCUCCACUGUACUAUAUAGUGCCUUGCUUCGCAUCCCACAGUGUACACUUUAGUCUCCAUUCGAAGAUAGCCUACGCCUGCCUCUGCCUCCGUCGUUUUUCUUGAUCUUAGCUCGGGUCUCUCGUCUCGGCUCCGUUUGUCUCUUCAUUUUUGGUACCUUUUUCUGCUCGAGACUAUCUUCCUUUUCCUUGUUCGAUUUGUAAUGUAAGUUAUCUUUGACGGUGAUUAUGAACCAUAUGCACCUAUGCGCAUGCCGUGUUACCUCUUUUGGUCUUCUAUAUCUCUUUCUCCUGAUAGACUUUUGUGUCGAAAUAUGUGUCGACUGAUCUUCGAGAACCUCAGUGCGCUCUGCUACGA